UCCUCUGCUCCCUCCCCCUCCACAGGCCUGAGCUUGGCCGACAAUAGUGCUGCAUUGAUCAGCUGUGCUGCAAUUACAGCUGCGCAAAACCGUCCAGCCGACAGGAGAAAUACUCUUAUCUCAGCUACGGGGCCACAUCUGCGAAAAUGUCUGUCCAGGCAGAGUUUGAGAAGAUGGCAGAGGAUGUGAAGAAGGUGAAGACGAAGCCCACGGACCAGGAGCUGCUGGACCUGUAUGGGCUUUACAAGCAGGCGAUCGUUGGAGACGUUAACACCGAUCGACCAGGAAUGAUGGACUUUAAAGGAAAAGCCAAGUGGGAUGCCUGGGACUCCAGGAAAGGAAUGUCCAAGGACGAUGCCAUGACAGCCUACAUCAACCUCGCAAAGGAAAUCAUCAGCAAAUAUGGGAUGUAAGACUUGCAAUAAACUGAAGAGGCUGAACUGAUGCUAUAAAACGAACAACAGACUACUAACUCCGUUACUAAAACUAUGCUGCUGCCUAUAUAACAAGUAGCCUUCUGCUUUCAGAGGCAUAAUUAUGCAGGAUGAAGAGUAAUUUUAGAUUUUUUUUAAUUUGAUGUGAUUUAUACCUUGUUAUGUAUUUUAUUUUUACAUAGAUUGUUCCAUUUUAAACUAAGAAACUUCUAUGCAUCCUCUAAGGGUAAAAUAUUACAUUUGGUAAUGGCUCUUUUAUCUAAUUAAAGUAGUUUAUACUUGUAGUCCACAUAUGCUCAACUAUAAAUAUACUGUAUACUUGUGCACGUUAAUGUGAAACUUGACCUUUAAUCAGGACAGACUAAUUAAUGUGAACAUACUUACUGCACACAUUUUGAAAAUAAAACCUCUCUCUGCACUGUU